CGAUGCUUCGGUGAAUAUGGUCCAUUGUAUGAUGUGCUUCUGGAUGUUCCUCGUGGUGAAGCGUUGGUCUCCUACACUGAAUCAGCAUCUGCACAAGACGCGUAUUUAAAAAUGAAUGGGUUUCUACUUUUUGGCGAAGCAAUAGAGGUCAGUAUCACUGCCCCUCCCGUAUGUGAUAUACCUGGAUGCGUAGUUACGUAUAGGCCUUCACGGUCUCUGAUCAUUCGUGGUGCUUCGUCGUUGUGGGUGGAGUUGAAUUUGAGACACGUGAAAGGAGUGGAGCAGCUCCAAUUCGUUGAUCCUACCACUACUAUUGUUUCUUUUGAAAACCAGCGAAUAUCAAGGGCAAUCAAAAGGAAUUUUGACGGACACAUCGGCUAUAAUGAAAAGCCAGUUUUGGUCUUGUAUUUAAAACGAGCUUGA